GUCAAUGAACAUAACCGUUCCCUCUAAUGCUAUGAACUUCGCCAUGUCCUCCGGCUCUGUUCUACGCGCAGCGUUUCUAGCCUCUCGCUCUACAGCAAGGCGAUUAAGUUCUGUGCUUGCAUCCAGUAGGAACACAUGCAUUGCCGACAACCUCAAUUGUUGUUUGAGCUGUGCUAGCGGUCGAAGACACCAUCGCACCCGGCCCACAUCGCGCCACAUCCUGCCGACACCGUUAGUCGCUUGCAGUUUGUAUUCGAAUGCGACGUCUACUCCAGCCUCCCCACCAAUUGGCAUCCAUAACCAACUUUGUCAUCACCAGACAGGUCAUCAAACAAGCUGCCCUGCAGCGAGAGCAGUGCUUCCUCAGUGCAGCAGCAUUCGUUGUAGCUUCCAUGGCGUCGGGGCACCCGCCUCAGGGCCCCUCUCAGCACGGCUCGGCUUUCGGUGGCGGUUGUUAACAUCCCUUCCUCAUCGUUCCAUGCCGUCAGCCCCCGCAGCUUUUUCCACAGCGACCUCCGCAGUCUCCAGCAGCGAUUUGCGUGAGGUGGAAUUGGAGGGCCUGGGUGUCCUCAAGCGCAAGGUCUCGGAGGCCUCCACCCGUCUCUCCCGCGUGUUGGAGGUGGCGGACGAGGCGGGCUGCGCCGCCAAGCUGGCCGUGCUGGAGCGGGAGGCGGCGGCGGCGGGGGGAGCGCUGUGGGGCGAGCAGCCGGGGCGGGCGCAGGCGCUCAUGACGGAGAUCGGGACACUCAGGUCUGAGCUGGAGCAGCUGGGUCGCUUCCGGUCGCAGCUGGAGGACUGCGCCUUCGCCCUGGAGCUGCUGGAAGCGGAGGCGGCACCCGGCGGCAGCAGUAGCAGUGUUGGAGACAGCAGUGGGGUUAGUGGCAGCAGCAGCGCCAGCAGCAGCGGUAGCAGUGGCGGCGGGGGGCUGGCUGGCGAGCAGGCAGUGCUGGCUGCGGAGGCGCUGGCCACACUGCGGAUGCUGAGCCAGGGACUGGACGGCUGGGAGCUGCGGCGGUUGCUGAGUGGGCCCUACGACUGCCGCGGCGCCCGCCUGACCAUCAGCGCGGGGGCGGGCGGGGUGGACGCCAUGGACUGGGCCGCCAUGCUGGAGCGCAUGUACACACGUUGGGCCGAGUCGCAGGGCUACAGCGUGCGGGUGCUAGAGCGGGCGCCCGGGGAGGAGGCGGGCGUCAAGAGCGUGGAGCUGGAGGUGACCGGAGGGGGAGGCGGGGGGGCGGGCGAGGGAAGCAGCGGGGGCGGCUUCGCGUACGGCUACCUGCGCGGCGAGAAGGGCACCCACCGGCUGGUACGCGCCUCGCCCUUCAACGCCAAGGGGCUGCGGCAGACGAGCUUUGCGGGUGUCGACGUGAUGCCGGUGCUGCUGGCCUCCGACCUGCCGCCCCUGGAGCUGCACGAGCGGGACCUGGAGGUGACCACCAUGCGCUCGGGCGGCAAGGGCGGGCAGAACGUGAACAAGGUGGAGACGGGUGUGCGCAUCACCCACCUGCCCACCGGCCUGUCCGUCAAGUGCACCCAGGAGCGCACCCAAGUGGCCAACAAGGCCAUCGCGCUGGACCUACUCAAGGCCCGGCUGCUGGUGGUGCUUGAGGAGCAGAACGCGGCUCGUGUGGCGGAGAUCCGGGGGGACCUGGUGAAGGCGGAGUGGGGGCAGCAGAUACGGAACUACGUGCUUCAUCCGUACAAGCUGGUCAAGGACACACGCACGGGCUUCGAGACAUCCGAUGUGACUGCCGUGUUGGACGGCGGCGAGGUGCUUGGGGAGUGCAUGGCGGCCUUCCUGAGGCUGCGGGGGAGGCAGGAGGUGGGGCAGCGGCUGGCAGCCGUACCUGCUGCCGCAGGCGUGGAAUGAGCGACUGAUUCCUCCAUUGGCUCAUGUAUGGGGAUGCGGGCAGGCAACGCAAGCUGCCUGUGGCUCGUGGCUGGAGGAAUGUUGAGUGACUGCGUCAUGUAUCUUCCUUAAUUGUAGAUUGGUUUGCCAAACCGGAGCUUCCAGGCGACUCACAUUGCAUAAGCGAAUUGCAUAUCAUAAAACAUUGUCGAUUGUGGGUUGAUAAGGAUUUGGGCAGUGUGGCAAACAGAGGCAUUGGUGAUGUGACGUAACUGGACUACUGUGAAGCAGGACUAGCUAAGAUAGGAAAACAGUAUAAGCAGAGUAUAUUGCUAUUGGUAUACUCAAAGAAGAUCGCUACCUGGGGUUUGCAAAUCCAACACUCAUACAAUUUCAUAUUGUGACAGGACAGAUGUCAACAGUAAGGUAUCUGAAUGCAUUGCAGGUUAGAAAUGUUUCUAUAGACGCUUUGUUGAGUCCAUGAGCCAUUAGG